UAGUUCAUUUAGUGUAUGCGAGUUCCGUGUAGCAGUUCUAUGGUGCUGUGAGGUCCCUCUAUUCUCUUUGUGUACAUUUGAAAACUUGAUAUAAACAGUUUGUUGCUUUGAUUUCAGUGUGCUUGUGACUCUGUUUGUUUUUUUCGGUAGACUGACUGGGAUUCUCUCCCGACUUUUCCCGUAAAACGACACUGCCGACAACUUAAGUUUAAGUCACUUUUUUACCAGUUCAUUGAAUUAUUGGAUUUAAGGAUUAUUUACCCCGGAUAAUAUUAUGCUAAGUGAUAAAUGUGGCAGCAGAAACAUCGCAAAGGGCAAUCAUGUCAGGUGGAACGCAUCCCGAACCUCUCACUGGCUCAUCUGAACCACUCCCAACGUCCCGACAGACAGCACAAGAAACCAAACCCGCUGACACAUCGAUGUUCGUCCCAAACGCUUCAUCGAAACCCGUAUUUAAAAUUUCCUCCCCCACCUAAUUACCCACCGCCUGAUCCCUCGCUUCAGCCUCCCAUGAUGUCCGAAGAGCACUUGCAGGCCGUCCCCGGCCCUUCAGCCAGACGAACGCCUCAAGAGCAUGCUUGGGAAAUGCCUAAUGACUACUCCUACGCGUAUUACGAGCCCGGUCCCCCAACCAGACACACUAACGUGCCCCACAAGGGGGUGUACAAGGAAGGGUCGUACACCACCCACCAUACCUACGUCACGAGGUAUGGGACGGAGGAGAACAUCUACGAGGAGAUCAGCGACAUGGCUAAGGCGAGGCUUCUGGCGCCGAUUCACCAACGCCAGGAGUCCAUGGCUUCGAUCAACCAGAGCUUGCUGGAGGAGGAAGUUAGAAGGGUGCAGAGUGGACAUAGGAGGGUGUUGGGGGAGCUGAACCUAGCGGUGGAGGCUAUGCUGAUGCCCUCUAAUUCUCGGGAGGGUAGUGACGAUACUGAUCGCGAGAACGAUGAUCAGCUUGCUGAUCUUUUGACUGUGGGACCUACUGAUGAUCUGCUGUCUCCAGUGGCGAUGUUGGACCUCGAUAGCGGUUUCAGUGGUAGUUCUAGUGGUGCUAGCUAUAGGAGUGUCGGAGGAAGUUUGAGGAGAGGUUUCAAUAGGCCUAAGUCUUCGACGGCUUGUGUUGCUAGGUCUUCCACUCCGGUGGAAGGGAAUGGAGGUGGUGGACAUAAGGGGUUCUGGGGGAAGAAGGCUUGGAAGAAGAUAACCUCGUUUCCUUCGAAUAUCAGUCUCAACAAGCAGAAAGAUGAACCUCGUAUGCAAUCUGGUCUAUGGGAAGAUACAUCAUGUGAUAAAAGGAUACCUCUGACCCAUACGGGUCAUGGACAUAAUUUUCAACGUAAUCUCUCUCAGAGAAGCUCAGAAGAAAGCUGGUGCUCUGGAUCUGACCAUGAGAUCUCUUCUGACGAAGAAAGUGAUAGAAAUAGGAAUAAUGGGCAAUUAAGGAAUACCUUCAAUAAGGCUCUCACCCUCUGUGAUAAAUUAAGGGGUGGUUCUUCCAAUGGACACCGUCUUUCACUAGAUGGUACACUGCCAGUGGACCCAAACAACCAAGGUCGCCUUUCCAGGUGGUUUUCGAUAAGAAGAGGAAGUUGUCAUCAGUAUGAUAUUGAAAAUGCCGAAAUACCAACCAUACCUAAAUCACCCCAAACAAGGCAUAAAAUGCCUCUUCUACCUGAGGUCGAAGAGGAAAGUUGCUUUCCAAACUGUACCACACAACAACGAAGGCAGCAGCCACCUAGCUUACCUUCACCACCUCCACAUUUAAGUCCACAACAAAUAAAGAGGAGGAUGAUUGUAGCUGCAAUUGUACAUAGUGAAAAUUCAUAUGUUGCUACUCUUCAAAGGCUUGUAAAUGACUAUAAGAAACCACUUGAGGAAAGCAACCCACCUAUCCUUAGCAAUUCAAAGAUAUCCACCUUGUUCUACAGACUUUCAGAAAUUCUUCAGUGCCAUACUUUGUUCAGAAUAGCUCUAGCAGAGUGUAUAAAAAAUUGGGAUGCCGAAGAAAAAAUUGGAGAUGUAUUCAUAGCAUCAUUCUCCAAAGCAAUAGUAUUAGAUAUUUAUAGCGGUUUCAUCAAUAACUUCUCCAUAGCCAUGGAUCUAGCCAAAAUGGAAGCUAAGAGAAAAUCAGCUCUAGCGGAUUUCCUCAAAGUCAAACAAAUCAGCUCUCAAGAUCGUCUGUCAUUUUUUGGAUUAAUGGUGAAGCCAGUUCAGAGGUUUCCACAGUUCAUACUAUUUUUGCAGGAUCUGCUCAAGCAUACUCCAAAAGGACAUCAUGAUCGUAUGUCCUUGCAGUUAGCUCUUACACAAUUAGAAUCUCUGGCAGAAAUGCUCAAUGAGAGAAAAAGAGAAUCAGAGCAGUACCAAGCUUUCAAGGAAAUGCUCAGAAAUAUCAGCGGCAAAUUUUCUGCAAGACCGUUAUCAGAUGGAAAUCGAUACCUGUUGAGAGAAGACAACAUAACCCAAAUUGAGUAUAACCAGAAUGGAAGUAUUGUUAAAGCAAAGAGUAGACGACUUCUGCUUCUGAAUGAUUUGGUGGUGUGUGUAUCAGUAUCGCCGAAAGUAUCUGAUGAUUUUGGAUCAAGUGAAAGACUGAGCCUCAAAUGGACUUGCCCAGUAUCGGAUAUUGAAGUCAUAGAUUCUGGCACUUCCCCAACGUUGAGCAGGGUUCUGGCAGGAGGGCUAAACAAAGGAGGUAGUUUAAAAUCGAACAACUCCUAUGAUGGAUCUCAACCUCAAGAUGUAACAAGUUUGUGUUCAGAAAUGAGCAAUCUUAUGCAUGAUUACGAAAUAAUGAGGAGGGUAGCCGAUCUUGUGGGAACACUGAAAGGUUCAUAUCCUAACAUGAAUGUAGAAAAUGCCAGAAGGAUUCUCAACAAUAUACAGAAUUCUAUUCAAGAGAAAGAUGAGGAGAUAGCUUGGAUGGACUCUUGUUGUUUGCAACUAGUUGUGAGAACUAAAGGAAAAGAAGAAAAAUUAACUUUCCAGACGGAUAAUUCAUCUAUUAAGAGUGACUGGAUAACUGAACUUCGACUGGCGCAGUUGGCUUUGGAUGCAAAUAAUUCACCUGCCUGGGAGAUACCGGAACAAGAACACAGGCCUUCGACAAAGAUGCCGUUAUUUGUGAGGUCCCAUUGUAUAUAUAGAUCACAGCAUCAAACAGAGGUUCGUUGUGGAUGCUACUUCACUUUAAAUUUACCAAAGACUACUAAGAGGAGGCACAACCAAAGUUAUUUGUGGACAAGCACAUGGAAUGGAGCAAGUAGCUUAAUCACAAUAAUGGCACAGCACCAACAACACACAGGCACUUUUAAAGAAAUUGCCUCUUUUCCAUUAACAGAAACAGAAGUUGUAUCAAUGGAAUUUGUUAAAGGUAACCAUAGUCAACAAUGUGAUACAGUUUGGAUUGGUACUAAGAGUAGGAGAAUCAUUCUUUAUUCUGCCGAUGAUGCUGAACGGUUGGAGGAGAUUGGAAGUACCACAGUUCUAGAUGGUGUAAACGAAAUAAAAUAUCAUUAUGACAAUGUAUUUGUAGCCUUGAACAAUGGAACAUUAAUCAUAUUCGUAAGAGAUCCCAGUAGCUUAACAUGGCAGCUCCAAAACCCUCAAACUUUGAAUUUGGGGACUGAACCCAUUAGCAGUCUCCUACCAAUAAACACUAAUAUUUAUGCUUCGUGUGGAAAUAAAGUAUUCGUUCUAAAUGCAAUUUCUGGCGAAAUUCAGAAAAAUUUCCAUGUACACGAACAUUCAGGGCCUAUCAAUUUGAUGGCACACAGUGGAAUAGGUUUAUGGAUUUCUUUGAAACAUUCAAGCACUGUUUGCCUCUACCAUACAGAGACUUUUAAACAUUUACAAGACAUCAAUAUAGCGUCAAAUGUUACACGAGUGUCAAACUUGAAUGGGAGAUCUCAAGUAUACGUCACUGCCUUAUUAGCAUGUAAAGGUUUACUUUGGGUAGGAACUAAUGUAGGAAUAAUUCUAACAAUACCUUUACCUCGACUAGAAGGUGUUCCGAUCAUAAGUGGUAGGGUGAAUAUUUCCUACCAUGCUCAUUUUGGACCAAUAUCAUUUUUAAUAUCACUACAGCCAAAGAACUAUAGCAGCCAAAUCAAAACUAUUAAAGAAUUAAAAAAAGAGGAAUCUCAAAAUAAUGAGCUAGGUGAUAAAAACACAGAUGAGAAAGCUUCUGAAAGACCAAAAAUUGAGAAACAAUUGUCUGACACUUCAGAUGCCAGCUCGAAAUUCAAAUAUAGUAAUUCAACUAGUCCAGUUGUUCUCCGCAGAAGAAGAUCGAAGGAAAGUGAUGUAUCACGGCUUUCUAAAACAUUGCCAAGAAGUUUCGGUAAUGUUGGAUCGAUAUUCUCAACCAGCAGUACAUCAUCCCAAAGUUCUGGUGAUACAUGUGAUGUAUACGGAUUGUAUGGAGAAUUAAUGUAUAUAAAAGGUUAUGAAGAAGAAGAAAAUAUGCUCACAGAUGCAAUUUACGAAUCAGCAAGAAGAAGUGAUCCAGAAUUGGCAGCUAUACCUAAUAAAGUUAGUACAUUAGAUCGUCGACUGAAAAUGAAGGUCAGCAGGCCAAGAUCUUUAGACCUAUCUAAUUGGUCUGUGGAUUCCAAAUCUUCGAGCAUAUUUACUUCCUCAGGAAGUGAAGAAAGUAUGGCUGUUAAACAUGGACAAAGUGUCUCACGAAACAAUUCAAAUGCAAGCAGACAUUUAGACGAUGUUUGUGAACACAAUUCUGUAGAUGAGGUUAGAGAAAAUGAAAAUACAGAAAGAGUUUCUGUUGUUAAUCAAAAUACUAGUUCUAAGAUUUGCAAUAAUAAAGGAGCCAGUUUGAAAACUUCAAGUAAAAAUGUUGUAGAUAGCAAUACUCGUAAAACAGUAAUUACCAUAAUGGGUGGAAGAGGUUAUGUCAACUGGAGGCAACCUUGCUGCUCUGCCGAUAAAUCUAAAAAUGCAUCUAUUUUUAGGGAUACUAAUAGUACCGAUGCUCAUCUUGUGAUAUGGGAGUUGAAAUUGUGAUGAAAAAUAAUCAAAAUUGUCAAAGAAGUUUGAAUGUUCUGUUUGAAAUGUCCACAAUUUCUGUAAAAAUUCACAUACCCUAUUUUUAGAGAUUUUUAGAUAUAUAUUUUAACUUAUUUGUUACAAGACUAUAUUUAUUUAUUUUCAGCAUUUCAAAAUUUGAAUAAGGAUAUUUGUAAGAAAAUAUUGUAUAUUUUAUAAUAAAUAUCAUGUUGA